GAGAGCGCACUGCUCCUGGACACGGAACUAACUGCGGAUUUGCUUAAGCAGACACGCACACACCUGUAGCCAAUGGCACAUCAGAAUGGCCGCAGCGAUCCCAGCCCUCCAGUGGAUGCGAUGGCGGGCGAGCGUUUCCCUGCAGCUCCUCCACCGAUCUAUGUGUGCACUCUCACCCCAGAUCUGGAGGCCAAGGCACGAGAGGAGCUCCAGGAGAAGCCCGAGUGGCGUCUCCGUGAUGUCCAGGCUCUGCGAGACAUGAUCCUGAAGGAACAUUCCGGUCUGAGAACACGGCUGGACGACGCCUUUCUCUUACGCUUUCUCCGAGCCAGGAAGUUCGACUACGACCGCGCACUGCAGCUGCUCCUGAACUACCACAGCAGCAGAAGAGCCUGGCCUGAAGUCUUCCAAGACCUGAAACCUUCGACGGUGAAGCACGUACUUGAGCUAGGCUUCCUUACAGUUCUGCCCAGACCUGAUCCUCAAGGCCGCUACGUUCUCUGCCUACGGCCAGGGAAGUGGACGCCGAAUGACUAUCCGUUUGUGGACAAUAUCCGAGCCAUUUAUCUGACUCUAGAAAAGCUGAUUCAACCUGAAGAGACGCAGGUGAAUGGAAUCGUCAUCCUGGUGGAUUAUACUGGAGUUGGCUUGUCUCAAGCCUCCAACCCAGGCCCUCUACUGGCAAAGAAGGUUGUUAGCAUUCUUCAGGAUGGAUUUCCGAUCCGAAUAAAGGCAGUCAAUAUCAUAAACGAGCCUCGGAUUUUUAAGGGAAUCUUUGCAAUCAUUAAACCUUUCUUGAAGGAGAAGAUGGCUGAAAGGUUCAUCCUGCACGGCUCAGACCUGUCGUCCCUGCAUCGUGCCAUCCCUCGCUCUGCGCUGCCGCAGGAAUACGGAGGCAUAGACGGCAGACUGGACAUGACAGCUUGGACUCGCACGCUGCUUGACGCCGAGGAGGAGUUUGUAGUGGAGUUUUGCCAGCCUGAUCCUUUAGAGGGGGCGCUUAUGACCGACCCGUUGCUGUUUGAAGGCGAGCAGCCUGAGGACUCCUACAGGAGCCUGCGCUCGCAGCUUUACUACUGCUACUGAUGUCUCGUCAGGCGGCCCGGCGCCUCCUGUUCCUCUAAAGAUGUGUUAUUUUUAACAAUUAGGGUCAGAGAUCGGGUUUUAUUUUUCUUAAAUCCCCGUGGGAUUCUUACAGAAUACAAAUAAAAGGUUGAUGGGACGCAGCAUUAAUGUUUAUAGAGCAUUAAUAAAUUACACUUUAUAGGAAACAUUUUCUGAGACCGCUAUAGGGUCAGGAGGUCAGAAGUUGUUUUUUUUUUAUUUACAGUAUGUAUAGCAUCAUUAUUGCUCAAGGUGAUGGUACUGGACUUGUUAAAGUGUUGACUGUUUUAAAAAGAAUCCGAUCUGCCAUAAGGACAAACCCGAAAUGCCAGUCUACGUCCUUUGCUAUUGCUUUGUGCUUAUUUGUGAAAUGCACAAUCAUGCAAGCAGCUGGUUUUAACACUACUGUUAAAUGUUACAACGCAACAAAGUAUUGCCUUAAUUUAAAUAGGAGAAAUUGGAUGUACAGUAAGGAUGUAAAAGCGUGAUGUAAAUCCAAAGCAAUACUGACGUGCAAUUACAUUUCGUUACCUCAUUUUUGCACUAUGCUUUUUAAAAAAAAAUCUUUAUUUGUCAUGUUCGUGCUUGUAUUUUUUUAUAUGCUGUUUACACAAGGUGUAUUAUGUCAGUGUGUUCAGUGUGUACUGUUACUGCACAGUAAACUUGUCUCAUAUUUUGACAGGAAGUGGUGGCUCAGGCGGUUUAGGCUUUGGGUUGCUGAUCCGAGGGUCAGGGGUUCGAACCGCGUCACCGCCGAGUCACCAUUGUUGAAUCCUCGGGCAGGACCCUUAAAUGUACGUUAUGCUCCAUACAAACCAGGUACUGCCUGGGGGUUUAGAAAGUAAGCGCCAGAGAAAAAGCUUGUGCCAGAUCUUCAAGAUUAAAUGAUCUAAUGUGGGGGGCGGGCGUCGGGGGUCAGCAAAACUUUUCUUAUAUUUUGACUUUAGGUUUACAAAGCAUUUCUGUUCAUUGCAGCCAUAUAAUUUUUUUAAUGGAUAUUGUGCUUAAAUUUUAUCAUGCAAACGUUUUUAUUAAUGCAAGCAUUUUCCCAAAUCUCACCAUUCCCUACUGUAGAUUGUGCGUGUUGUGGCUUGUACAGCGCUGUAAAGUUAUGAAUGUAAAGUUAU